AUGGUUCCUUUCAAUACCAACAGCGUGAAGCCGCAGGGACCAGACACACUGUCCACACGUUUGAUUGUGCUCGCCACGGUCGAGGAGCCGUCCGAGGAAACAACACGAGACCAAAAGCUCCAGCUUGUACUCGACAUCUCGAUAGCUGCCCUCGUCAUCGGCAUGCACAUCCAUGUAUCCAUGCACGGCCUCGAUCUCAUCUUUCGGACACGAGCGAAGACGAAGGCUAUGACUCCUACACAUCCCAAACAAGAGUCCACAAUAAAUGUGCCCUUCAUUCCCCCCAGAUAG